UCACAGUCACUCAGAGUCAAUCGAAUGGUUUUUUGGGAGCGAUACGACACGCAGAACGAAGUAUAUUCGCUGCAAUUGGAGCAGCGACUUUUCGAAUAGUGACAAGAGCCAUAUAGUAGAGAGAAAAGUGAGAACAUGGUGCAUGGAGGGGGACAUCAUCACCAUAGUAGUGGCGGAGGAACAAAUCGUGGCAGUUCAUCGAUCUCUCAACAACAUAGACAGGACCAGCAUCGAUCCCACAGCACUCACCAUUACGCAAGCCGAUACCAAAGCUCAUGGUUUGGAGGCGGAAGUCCUUGGAUGCACAACAGCAGCUUUGGGAACUAUUAUAACCAGCGAAGCGACGGGCAUGGAAGGGAUCCGACCUACUACAGCUCUACGGACAGUAUCCCCUUGGACUAUCGACACCGCACGAACACCAGUUCUGAGGCCUGCAAUCGCUGCUGUACAGCCUUGUGUACUAUAUGCUGCGCAUGUUGUGCCUGUAUGGCUUGCUGCGCAGCUCUACCAGCCACAGUCGAGACACCCUCGCGUACAAAUAUACGUGGUCUCCCGUACGAACAAGUCAGCGGGCCGCGACGAACGACACGUAGCCCCUUCUGCCCUGGGGGCAUGUUUUCAAUCCUCGCAUUUUUCUUGCUGCUCGGCGUUUCGGUGGUUGAUCGGUCUUGGACGUUGAACGCAGGCGAAACGAGACGGAUUCACAAGCGUUUACUGAACGAUCGCAUUCACGUCACGUCCAGCGAGGAAUUAGACGUGACCAUGUACAGCAUCCCAGGAUCGUGUCCACCCUUGACUGGACCAGUGGGUAAUUUGGAAGACACGGAAACGUUGAAUCUAGCAAAAGAUGACUACCAGUACGAUUACUUUUUCUUGAAUUCGGGAUCGACCAUUCAACUGGACGUGCACCAAAUAAGUGGAUCUUCGUACGUUUACAUUUUACAGGGGAGCGAUCUGUUGCAAGCUCUCGAAAGCGACUCCUACCAGAAUCGGGAUGAUUUUGGAUCGGCGUCCUUACGGAAACAAUUUGUGACGGCUAGUGGAAAAUAUGCGUCUGCUUCGUUGGCCCACACGGCGCAACAAAGUGACGAUUACAUAUUACUAUACGACAACGCGUCUGGUACCGGGGGUAAGCUAACUGUCCACUACAAUCUGACAAUGACGAACUACGACCUUGAUGGAUACAAACCUAUAUGUAUAUCUCAUGACUGUGCCGUUCCUCUUGGGCGCAAGAGCUGCAUUCUUCUGCGGGCGAACGCCCAACAUGUCAGUACUCCAAAAGUUGUAAGUGUACGCGUACUCGGUCAUCGCAACUGGAUAUGGUUGGUGAUAUAUUCAUCCAUACCUUUUCUGGUUGGCCUUUUGUGCUGGGGAGGCCACCGUCAUCUUCCAUACGGCUCCAAGAACGGGUUCCAACCAGUGGAAGAACAAGAUUACCCACAAAGAAUUCCACCAUCAGCAGCACCGGGUUGGAGUGAAAGCGCCCCGGUACAAGCAGAAGCGUUUGCCACGGCUCCGACUGAAGACUUCGACGAAUCUGGCCAAUACUACAACCAGGAAACUAUUCCAAUAAUUCCCGCCGAGAAUAUCAUUGCCAUGCCAGUACCUAGCGAUCGAAAGUAG